AUGAUCAUUCCGAUCCGCUGCUUCUCGUGUGGCAAAGUGACGGGCGAUCUCUGGGAGAAGUUCGUCAAGCUAAUUGAGGAGGAUGGCCUUAGUGAUGGCGACGCCCUAGAUCAACUUGGAUGCAAGCGGUACUGCUGCAGGCGUAUGGUUAUGACACACGUUGACCUCAUCGAGAAGCUUCUCAAAUACACACCUGAUGGUCGGAACUACAAGAAGAUCGAGAUGCAGCAAACACAUCAGGACUCGUAA